CUUAUCCAAAAGAAUCGACUUUUUCCUCCACGAAGCAAUUCCACAACAGCUGAUAUUCUCUUUAGCAUCUAAGAUGGCCCAGUUUAUGGUCUCAAUUCUUGCAGUUCUCAUUCUCGUUCAAUAUUGUCUGACUUUCAAUCUGUAUCCUGCCGUGAACCCAGAUAAGUUGGGUCAGGCUCUUAACCUCUCCACGGAAUGUGUCACUGCUCUCAACCAGUCUGUACCAGAAUGUGACCAAACACUUUUUGGAAUGGUCGGAGAUUUCGAGAACUUUUGGUGGGAGGAAGAUAAUGUUACAGCCUUGUGCGAUGGCAAUUGCACCCAAGCUGCUUCGGACUGGAGGCUCGAUGUUCACGACUCCUGUUAUGGCGAGUAUAUAUCUGCAUAUGGGAGACUGAUCCCUGCAAGUUCUGUCACGGAACGCCUUUAUGAUAGCCUGAACAUCGCUUGUUUGCCAUCAGGUUCCGCCAACUUUUCUUGGUGUUUGACGGAGUCUCAACAGUGGGUAGGCUCUGACAUUGUUCGGGCUGAUUGCACUGCGAACCCCUCUGAUCCAUCUUGUGGGGGCGACACCUCUGCAAUCCCGGCAGAAGCCAUGCGUAUGGCGAACUUAUACAGCGAUGAUAUCUUAUGUAACCAGUGUUUCAUCGAAAUGUUAUUCUCGCGUGUCAGUUCGAGUCUUUUGAGUAACGAGGAUCACUCUGAUUAUCUCGUCGACCAACUUCAGGAUGUAGCAGACAUUUGCAGCACGCAACUUCGUGAUUUCACGGUCAGAGCUGUCGCAACUUAUAACUCGGCACCACCAGUAACAUCGGUGCCAAGCACCACAACGACUUCGGGAGCACCGCCUGCCGCUGCGACAUGUGCAGGCCAGACAGUCAGCAGUGGAUCUGGUUGUGAUGCUCUUUCUAGCCAGUAUGGAGUCGCUACGGGAGAUCUGCAGACUAUAACCAAUAGCAGCGACUGUCAGGUUUCCAGUGCGUUGUGUCUACCAGCAUCCUGCACCUUGCAGCAAAUUCCCAGCAGUCAGACAUGCGAUAUCCUUGCUGCUAGUCUCAAGGUGACUGUAGUACAGUUACUGAGUUGGAAUCGCAACAUCAUGGGCCUGUGCGAUAGCCUUACAGGGCAAUACGUGUGUGCCAGUGCCCCUGGAACGAAUAGCUCCUACUCUCUACCGCCACCACCGCUGGGGACUGGCGCCGAUGCUGGGAACCAGCAACGGGGUGGUGCUGGCGGCGUGGUCACACCCACUACAACUGUGACGGGUACAAUUACCGAUCCUGCAUCUCAAGGCUCCAGCUCGGCGCCAUCACCAACACAGGAUGGUCUCGCCAGCAACUGCAACAACUUCGCUAUAGUCAAAGCAGGCGAUACUUGUUUCGACUUUGCCAAGAAUCAUGGUGUCACUACUGACCAGCUGUAUGCAUGGAACCCGGUACUAGGUCUCCAAGGCGCCAAUUGUUCGACCAAUUUCUGGGCGAGCGAGUACUAUUGUAUCGGGAUAUGGGCGACUGCAACGACGCCCGUGACAGCGCCUGGUCCAACUCAAACUGGCAUUGUUUCCAACUGUGCGAAAUACGCACAGGCUCAGAAAGGAGAUAUUUGUGACACAUUCGCCUCUCGAAACAGCAUUUCCAACGCACAGCUCUACAGUUGGAAUACAGUCCUGGGAAGCGCCGGCCAGAACUGUGGCACUUCCCUUUGGACAGACGAAUGGUAUUGUGUAGGUAUCUCCGCCCCUGCUAUUACGACUACCACCAGUAAACCAACAACGACUACGCCUGUCACGGCACCAGGCCCUACGCAAACUGGAAUUGCGGCCAAUUGCAAUAAGUAUGCUAUAGCAGCCACUGGAGAUACUUGUAGUGCAUUUGCAUCGCAGAACAGCAUAACUACUACGCAGCUCUAUGCUUGGAAUACAGUCCUAGGAGCGAAUGGGGCCAACUGUGCAACAUCUUUUUGGGCAAAGGAGUAUUAUUGCGUCGGAGUGAGCUCUUAGAUGGCAUCCCUCGGGGCAAUCCAAACCAGUAGAAAAUGAGCAAACUCGCAAGUCGUCUCAAUAUGAAACAUUCCUGACCAUCAG